GUUGAAUUCUUCCUUCUUUAAAUUUCGCCGUUUUUUUUCAUGAUUUUAUUGAUUUUUUUUUGCAUUUGUGUAAUUGAUCUGGAAUUUGUGCGUAGUUUCUGAAAUUUAUACAAAUUUAUGUUAAUUUUGUGUUUUUAUUGAUGAUAUGAUGAUGAUGAUGAUGGAUUUUUGAUGAUUUGGAUAUGAAACCCUAGAGUAGAGUCUAAUUUGUGAAUUUGUGUGAUUUUUGAGGUUUAAGAGUGAUAAUUGAAGGGUGAUCAUGUUGUUUUUGUGUCAGUACAAUUGCCACGGGUUGUCGUUUUCGAGUUCUGAUUAUGAUUUGGACAAUUUUGUUUGUUAUACGAGAAAGAAAUUAAUUAAUGAAGUUGUACGGAUUUGUAAUUAUUAACUUUUUUUACGCGAAAAAUUUGACUAUGCAUUUAAUCACCAAGAUUUAGAAAUUUUCCGUAUUAUUUCUUCAAUCCACACUCGAGCGUAUUUGAAACUAAAUUUUAGUUUGUAAUUGAAAUAUAUAUGAAGAAUUUAAGGUAAAUUUUUGAAUGAAAGCUGAAGAUUCAAUUGAAUUGAAUUAGGGAAAGUUUUGUGCUAGAUUAUGCUGAAAUUCAGUUUUCUGAGCAAAAGAUCCCUAAUGAAUGUUUGCUGUCUGAUGUGAUUUACGCUCUUACGACUAAUGAUCGUUUUAAGCUGGUUCCAUUGAUUUGUGUCUCAAGCAUGCCGGUGCUUUCUUUUGUGAAGAGCUCCUAUGGUGUGUGAAGCUAUUUUGCAUAAGCUUAUUGGCACAAGUCUAGAAAAUUUACUGUCGAUUUCCUCAGAUGAAAUUGUUGCUUGAGAUAAAGUUUUUCUCUUCUGAGCUACAACUGUUAUGCGAGUGUCUUCUGUCUGGAUUUCUUAAAGUCCUCUAAUCAUGUCAGGUGGGGACGUCAGAGGCCCCUCUGGUGAAGAAUUACAAUGGGUAAAAAAUCUUAUAGAGCGAUGCAUUCUACUGUACAUGAGUAAGAAAGAAGCUGUGGCCACGAUCACGCGUGAAGCAAAUGUGAUGCCUACUGUUAUCGAAAUUUUAUGGAAUCGACUUGAAGCAGAGAAUCAAGAAUUUUUUGAGGCUUAUCAUAUACGAUUGGCAUUGAAGGAUCAAAUACAUCGGUUUAAUGAACUGUUGAAGCGGCAGGGGGAGCUGAUGGGAAAGAUCAAAUCUUCUGGAGUUGCUCCUAUGCCAGCUACAAAUGGAGCGCACAUGGCACAAUUCCAACAAAAUGCUGGCUGCUAUGAUACUGUUGAUCAGACUGGACCAUCUUUAACACCAGAGAGCUUACAACCUCAUAUUGCUCCAAGUUUACCCAAUUCCUUCACUAAUGGUGUAUCAUCCUUGCAAAUUCCUUCACCUUUUCCGUCCAGAACAAUUGAUUAUCAGCCUAACUCACUUCAUAUUCAGAACUCUAGUUCCUUGAGAUUGAUGCAAGGUUUGAAUGGAGGGAUUGUUAAAUCAGAAAGUAGCUAUCCUUCCAAUUCCUCAAUUUUUUAUGAAGCUGAUCCACAUCUUGGUGAAGCGCAUGGCUCCAUGGAAGAUCCAUCUAUUGCAGCGUUUGGUGGUUUGGAAGCAAGCUCACAACCGUUAAAUGAGACACUGUUGAGCAUCAAUGGCUCUUUUGAGCAGCUGGGACCCAAAUACUAUGGUCUUCCCAAUUUAGUUUAUCCUAAUGGAUUAGAGAAUUACACAAAUUCAGCUCUUAUGUCUACAGAGACGGAGAACAUCCUUGCUGCCCGAGACACGGGUGAAUUAGCAGAAGGAAACAAGGGGCCAUUGACACAGAACUAUCAUACUUAUGAAGAUUUUGGAAUUUGUCAGUCAAGGCAACAUUUAUAUGUACAUAUGAUUUAGGGACAGACCGAGUCUUUGCAGAGUUAAAUACUUUUUUGCAGAGGUACAUAAAUUGGUGUGCGUACUCCCAACAUUUGUUGUUGCUUCCAUGAUGAGAAGGGUGGCACUUCAAGUCUAGAAGACAAAGUGUUGUGGAGAUGUGUAGCAACUUUUGGUUUAGUGUUUGGUUAGUCGUACAAAGUAAAAUUUUAGGAAAAGCUUAAUGGGCGAGUAAUGAACGUCUUAUUGUGACUUAUAAUCUGGAUUUUGUAAGAUGAAAUUGAUAACAUAGCCUUUUCUUUUUUUUUGUUUGAUUGAAAACUGGAACUUUAUUCACCAUAUAGGUUGUGAUUUUAGGCUACAGUUCCCUUCAUGCUAUAAUGUUUUAUGAUUUCAGGGGGAAGAGGAGGCGGUAUACAGGAUUUGGUUGUUACUGAAUUUUUCAUUACCCCUUAAUUUCUACAGUUCUCAAAUCCUAGAAUCAGUUUAUAUUGAUGCAAA